UCCGUCCAUCGUCUAAAAAAAAAAAACCCACUGUUUUGAAAACAGAGUUUGUCUAAAAAGGGGAGCUAGCUCCAGUAGCUUUGAAGGGGUUGAAACACCUUCUGAAAAAAAGGCGAGGAACUGUUUCCGCCUAUUUUAAACUAUCUACAUAAAACACAGAAACAGAGAGCGAGGCGCUGCGUAACCACGGAAACGGCCCCGUAAAGAACACAAACUGCAGACGACGCGCUUCAUGUUGCAUCCAGAUCUAAACGGAUACAUGUCACACUGACUGCUUUAAAAAAACUAUGGCUGAUGAUGAAGCAGUGACCAAACCGAAUCCCUAUUCUUCUUCUGAAUCUCCCGACAUUGAAAGCACCAACAGUAGCGUGGAUGCAUCUCCUCCCUGUGCCUCACAAACAGGAUGUGCCAGGAGGGACUUUAUCAUGAUGCCACCUGAAGAAAAGCUCAGACACUUUGAGGGACGAGCUCAGAACCAUGAACAAAACCAAGAGUUUGAUGCUUGCAUCCAGGACGUGGUGCGUUGUGUGGCUCUUACGAGGCUGGUGUAUGGAGAGGGACAUCUGAAGCUAGCCCAGGUCCAUGUCAGACUGGCUAAAGCUUAUUUCCAAUUCAAAGGCUGGGGUCUGCAGGCCAAGGAGCACCUGGCCCUGGCCAGAGAGCUUCUGGAGGCAGAACAAGUUCUUGAGGAGCUUCAUCAACUUGGGGACAUCAACCAGGAAGAGAAGAUAAAGACUGAGCUGGAAAUCUGCAAUGGCCUAUUCAGGGUCUAUAAGAGGCAGAACAGACCAGAGGAGGCCCUACACCAGUGCGAGAAGUCUCUGCAUUUUCUGAAGGACUGUGGUAAACCAGAGAAGAUGUGCUCUGUCUACAGGGACAUGGCUGCUAUCGAACAGGACAAAGGUCAUCUGGACCAGGCCAUAGAGCAUCUAACCAAGGCUCAUGCCAUUGCUGUGAGUCACAGCCCAGAGGAGGUAGAGGGGGCUCAGAUCUCCCACAGCCUGGCCCUCAUCUUCUCUGCAGCUACAGAGCCCCAUCACAAUGACUCCGCUGGUCAAUACUUUGAGCAGAGUCUAUGUGCAUAUAAGAAGUCUGUAGGUCCACAGGAUCCAGCAUUUCUUGCUGUGCAGGAUGACUUCUGUCGUUUCCUCCUCUUCAGUGGCCAGCAAGAGAGAUGUGUGGAGAUACAGAAAGCUUCUCUCCCUUCAAAGAGAUCCACAUUCGGUGAGCUGAGUGCUGAGGUAGCAGAAACUCUUCAGCUGAUUGGCAGUGUGGAGAUGACUGAGGGCAGGAUGAAGCAGGCCCACAGGACCAUGACAAAGUGCCUGGAGAUCCUGAGUUUGUUGUAUGGUCAUCAACACAAGAAGACAAAAGCUACUCAAAAAGCUGUGGACAUGCUAGCCCGGGCACCAGAGGUGGUAGCUGAGAGACAUCAACGGAAAGGUAGAAGGAAAACAAAACCUCAAACAUCAUCAGUUGUACCAUCCAGUGGGGAUGAUGGAAACUCGAUGUCAGAUUCUUAAAAUCUUUUUUAAUGUCUCCACAAUAAUCUUUUAGUUUUGGACCAAGAGCUCAAAACUCCUUUUCCAAUGCACAUGUUUAUCUGUUAGAUAACACAAGCAGCAGCCACUGAUGUCAAAUAGCUUCUGCACUAAUCAUUUCUGCUGGCAUUACAUGAAGAAAUACUCCCACUCAGAAAACAUAAUCACAAUCAUCUUUUAUUGUGUUAGUAUGUCAAUCCGUUUCCACAUAUAGGCCGGUACUUUUGUAAUCAAAUCAAUCAUGUCGUUCAGUCAACAGAAAUCAUGAUGACAAGACAAAUGAUGGGUUAUCAGUGAGGACAAACACUUGUGUCAUUAAACGUUCUUUAAACACAAA